AUGAUCAUAGCCCUGUCCAAAAGCUAUGGUCUACUGGUGAACAGUUUCUACGAGCUCGAGCCACUUUAUGCAGAGUACUGGAACCGUGAGUCUACACCAAAAGCAUUCUGUGUCGGACCUUUGUGCAUCGCCCGACAACAAAAAAUGGGGCCCGUAUUGCACCAGGAAUGUAGAUGGAUUAAAUGGUUGGAUCAAAAACUGGCACAGAAAAAACCAGUUCUAUACAUUGCAUUCGGGUCCCAAGCAGAAAUAUCAUCAACACAGUUAAGAGAAAUCGCUCAUGGCCUAGAAGAAUCGAAAGGAUUUCUGAGUCACUGUGGCUGGAACUUGUUGUUGGAGAGUAUAAGUGCAGAAGUUCCAAUACUAACAUGGCCAAUAAUGGUGAAGCAACCCCUUAAUACAAAAAUGGCAGUGGAAGAGAUUAAAAUCGGGUUACGGGUUGAAACAGUUAAUGGCACGAGCAACAAAUUUGUGCCUGCGGAGAGCUUGAAGAAUAAAGUGAAAGAACUUUUGGAAGGGAAGGAGACGAGGUGA